GAGGUGGCAACAGGUUCCCAUUUGUCCUGUUGCUGGCGUUGCGCGCGCUGCAGGCGCCGGGCACAGAGCACUGCACUGACUUUCGUGAUUGAGAGCCCCUCACCCCCUUCACUCCCUCCCGUUUCCCCGGUAGGAGGCCUCACCAGCAGGGAUCUGGAACAAGGUGUAGGGCAACCACUCUUCAGGUGUUAGGAGACGCAGGAUUGUUGGAGUCUAGACUUCCCUUUCCUUCGCCAUUGCAGAGGUUGCUUUCCUCCUCGUCCUCAUCUCCCUCCUCCUCCAGCUACAGUCACCUCCUCCAGGAAGCCCUCUCCAGACAGCAAUGCCUGGGCACCUCAGGAGUACCAAUUUCCUUCGGGUUGGCGAUUCUCUCUGAGCACACUGAGCCCCCAUGACAGGGUGGAUGGGGCACGUGCCUCUCCAGACCCCCUUGCUGCUGCUACCCCAUCCACAAUGUGACUAAACCCCAACCCUGCUUGCCAGGCCAGGACAUUGCAGAACUUCCGUGGUGCCUUCAACUUCUGUCCAUCCCAAGGUCCCACCCACAGCUGCAGUGGGGUCUGGAAGCAGCACAUAGGCUGGGUACCCAUGGCCAGGUGGCAACUAGUGCCUGCGUCUGUCAGUGGAGCUACAAUGUGAGAGAUGGAGAAGGUAGAAGGCAGAGUCCCUCUUCCAGGAGUGCACUGUGAAAAGGGGAAAUGGGCCAUGCCACAGCCUAAACCCAUGAGACCAAGGAGCACCAAAAAAGGACCCUACAGGCUGGCCCAAGGAAGGGGGCUGGAGAAAAUGCAGAAUCUGGGCAGGCAGCCUAUAUGUAGGAGAGAGGCCUGGGCUGGGACCCCUGCCCAUAGGACUAGAGGGGCAUGGCCCAGUCAUCCAGAUCCCCUGCAUGCAGGUGUUGGUACUGUAGAGGAAGGGACAUGGUGGGUGUGGCCAAAGAUGAGCCCACCACUUAUGGCCUAGGAGUCUGAAGCUGACAGCCCAGGGAAGGAAGGGAGGGAGAAGGCAGGCCUAGGUCCCAUAGAGGUGACCUAGCUUUCCAUAGCCUGCUGCUUCCCUUAGCAUCCCUUCACAUGAUGUCUCAUCUUACCAUGUGGUUCAUGAGGGAGGCUUUUCAACACGCAUGGGAACGGCCUGCAGUAAUUCUAAGUGUUGGGCUUCUCGGUGGCUUUGCGUUUUUUACGUCUUAGAAAAAUGUUUUGUGGUACCCAUCCUGUGUGAAUAGGUCUGCUUGUUUUUAUUUAGUUCCUUAUGGUAGAUUCCCAGAAGUGGCCAAAGGUAUGGAUUUUUUGUCUAGCUCUUAACGUACAUUGCCAGAUUAAUUUCCAAAAGGACCAAAAUCACCCAGCAAGAGAACAGCAUGCAGUUUCUCUGCAGCCUUGCCAAUGCUGGGUGUUCUCAUUUUGAGAACAUUCUACUAAUGUAGCAAGUGGGAAGUGUUACCUUGUUUUGCUGUUGUUACCUUGUUUUUUGAAUUGGCUUUCCUUCCAUGACUGAGAUUAAAUCAUCCUCCAAAUAUUUUUUACCCCAUCACAUUCCUUCCUUCAUGCAGUUUGCAGUCUUUUUAAGUUCCUUAUAGAUUUAUCUACCAGGGUCUUAACCUUUUGAUUAUUUUGUAUGAGCUUUAUCUUAUCUGUUGUAUGUUUUCCUUCAACACUGUUAUUUGCUUUUGUUGGGCUUUAAGCAGAGAAAGGACACAUAGCCAGAUGGGGCAUUUUAGAAACCUCUUCCAGCCCUCCUUUCAUUGUCUCAGCACUUAUCAUCCCUGAUAUUUUGUUCAGUCUCUUAGCUUAUCGUUGAUCUGUCCUGCUGGUCUGGGAGGGAGCACCAGGCAUGCAGGAACCUUGUGUGUCAGGCCUGUUCAUCACCUGUGUCCAUGGAAAGGAUGGAGGCAGACAGCCUUUGUAGAAUGAAUGGCAUUCUGGCACAGGACAAGGCAGGGUGAAGGACAAGUUGAUGCAGGACGCAGGGAGACCAUUUUGGAAUCUAUGACAGUGACUUGGCCAAGAGACGGUGAAUAUGAGCCCACAGCUAGUGGUGCAAACAGAAGGAUGUGGGUAGAAAGUACUUCCCUCCAGAUGGAUCUGUCCAGGAGGUUAAGGAAAGGAGGCAGGUGGAGGAGCCAGGGGUGACUCCUAGGCUUAGUGUGAUAUGGAUGUAGUGCCUCAGUUUAAGGCUGGGUGCUCAGAGCUCCUGGGCAUCUUUACUCAGGCCUGGGCAAAUGAAGGCGGUAUGGGGAUAGGGUGCUGAGGAGCUUCCCUGUGCCUGCCUAUCCCACCAAGGAGUCUUGGGCAGAGCUUUGGACCCAAGAUAGCAGCAGGUUUUCUAGUCCUGCUUCUUCCUCUCCUCCAUGAAUUCAGAGACAACCCCACAGCGGCCCAAGGUGGUGGCUCUGAUGAGCCCAUUAUACGGAUGGGGCCACUGAGGUCCCAGUGGGAAAUACGGUGGUCCAGGACCACUGAGUGAGUUGUUGGAAGCAGCUUCUGGAGCAGGAGCAUGGGGCUUUUGUCCCCACCCCUCCCCCUGCCUCCAGGGGCCAGGCUGGCGCCGGCCAGGGGAGCUGUAACUGGUUCCCUGCUGGGCCCCUGACCUGCCCUUGGCCUCUGCCCUGACCCUGUCCCGCUUCGGUGGAAGCCCCAGCUCAGCCUGCCACUCGCGAGUCCCACCCGACUCCUUUCUCUUGCACCCGUUGGCUCGUCGACCCCUCUGGGCCCGCCCCGCUGCCCCGCCCCGGCCCGCCCCUCUGAGCUGCUACUCCACGUCCCGAGGCCGAGCCUUCCUAGGUGGAAGCUCAGUCUUGCUGCCAGGAAGCUGCCGGCGCGCGAGCUGCGCGCGAGGCUUGGCUUCCACGUGCGAGCCUGCUCCGCCACCCCGCCUCCUCCUGGCCGCUGGGCCUGGGGACUCCCUGCUCUGGGACGGCGCCCCGCGCCCUGCCAUUGCAGUAACCCUGGCCGGGACAUCCACGCGCGGCAGCCUGCCGCCAGAUCCAGCGCCUGCCCGACGUGCAGAGAACCGCGCGCCCAUGGAGAGCCUGGGUCGCUCGUGCCUGUGGCUUCGCCGGGAGCUGUCGCCCUCGCGGCCGCGGCUGCUGCUCCUGGACUGCCGCAGCCGCGAGCUGUACGAGUCGGCGCGCAUCGGCGGGGCGCUGAGCGUGGCCCUGCCUGCGCUGCUGCUGCGCCGCCUGCGGAGGGGGAGCCUGUCGGUGCGCGCGCUCCUGCCAGGGCCGCCGCUGCAGCCGCCUCCCCCUGCCCCGGUGCUCCUGUACGACCAAGGUGGGGGCAGGCGACGGCGCGAGGGCGAGGCCGAGGCUGAGGAGUGGGAGGCUGAGUCGGUGCUGGGCACCCUGCUCCAGAAGCUGCGGGAGGAAGGCUACCUGGCAUACUACCUGCAAGGUGGCUUCGCCAGAUUUCAGGCCGAGUGCCCUCACCUGUGUGAGACCAGCCUCAAUGGUGGUGCUGGCUCAAGCAUGGCCCCAGUGCCCAGCCCAGUGCCCGUGGUGGGACUGGGUGGCCUGUGCCUGAGCUCCGACUGCUCUGACGCAGAAUCUGAGGCUGACCGCGACUCCAUGAGCUGUGGCCUGGAUUCAGAAGGCACCACGCCUCCCCCAGUGGGGCUGCUGCCAUCCUUCCCGGUCCAGAUCUUGCCCAACCUCUACCUGGGCAGUGCCCGGGAUUCAGCCAACUUAGAGAGCCUGGCCAAAUUGGGCAUCCGCUAUAUCCUCAAUGUCACCCCCAACCUCCCUAACCUCUUUGAGAAGAAUGGUGACUUUCACUACAAGCAGAUCCCCAUCUCUGACCACUGGAGCCAGAACUUGUCCCAGUUCUUUCCAGAGGCCAUUGCAUUCAUUGACGAGGCCUUGUCCCAGAACUGCGGGGUGCUCGUCCACUGCCUGGCAGGGGUCAGCCGCUCUGUCACCGUCACCGUGGCCUACCUCAUGCAGAAGCUCCACCUCUCACUCAACGAUGCCUACGACCUGGUCAAGAGGAAGAAGUCUAACAUCUCGCCCAACUUCAACUUCAUGGGGCAGCUGUUGGACUUUGAGCGCAGUCUGCGCUUGGAGGAGAGGCGCUCCCAGGGGCAGGGCAGUGGGGGCCAGGAGUCUGCCACCUCUGACCCCCCCUCCUUUUUUACCACCCCCACCAGCGAUGGGGUCUUUGAGCUGGACCCCACAUAAGACCACGUGGGGCUGGCAGGGCUGGUCCCCACCCAUGACCCCACACCCAGUGGGUGCUCUAACCACCCAUAUAGUAGGGGAGAAGGGGGGAGGGGACUCAGCCAUAAG